AUGGCGCCUAAAGUCAAAAAAACAACACAACAGGAGGACAAGCUACAGGCAGUUGUGUUGACCGACUCAUUUGAAACCAGGUUCUCUCCACUAACCACAACAAAGCCAAGAUGCUUGCUACCAUUGGUUAAUGUUCCAUUGAUUGAAUACACUAUGGAGUUUCUUGCCAAUGCUCACAUAUCGGAAAUCUUUCUCGUUUGCUCAUCUCAUGCUGAUCAGAUACAAGAGUAUAUUGAGAAAUCGAAAUGGAAUGCCACCGUCAUUAUGUCAUUGGAGUCACGAUCGGUUGGUGAUGCUAUGAGAGAUAUUGAUAACCGAGGAUUGAUAACUGGUGAUUUCCUUUUGGUUACUGGUGAUAUUGUUAGCAACAUUGACUUUAAAAAAGUGUACAAUUUCCACAAGAACAAAAAAGCCCAAGAUAAGGAUUAUAUGAUGACCAUGAUUUUGACUCAAGCUUCACCCUUGCAUAGAACUAGAUCUCACAUUGACCCAGCAGCAUUCGUACUAGAUAACAGAAAUGACAAGUGUAUUUACUACCAAGAUUUAUCCAAGUCAUCUAUUGAUAUAGAUCCUGAAUUGAUUGAAGAUGUUGAUGAAUUUGUCAUACACAAUGAUUUAAUCGAUUGCCAUGUUGAUAUUUGCUCACCACAUGUACCACAAAUUUUUCAAGAAAACUUUGAUUAUCAGUAUUUGAGAAGUGACUUUUUAAGGGGAGUGUUGACAUCGGAUUUAUUGAAAAAGACUGUUUAUACGUAUAUCAAUCAAGAUUACUCAGCUAGAGUAGAAAGUUGGGGCACUUAUGAUGCAGUUUCCAAGGAUAUAUUGGCCAGAUGGUGCUAUCCAGUGGUUCCCGAUGUCAAUUUGACAGAUACGUCGUACACUUUUGAAUUCAGCAACAUUUACAAGGAGGAAAAAGUGUUGCUUGCACAAUCAUGCAAGAUUGGUACAUCAGUUGCCAUUGGAAGAAAUUCAAAAGUUGGUGAUGGCACUAGUAUUAAAAAAUCAGUCAUUGGGAGAAAUUGUGUCAUUGGGAAAAAUGUAUCCGUUUUGAACUCAUACAUUUGGGAUGAUUCGGUAAUAGAAGAUGGAGCUGUCAUAGAGUCCAGUAUUGUUGCAUCAUCAGGACAUGUCAAAGAAUCAGCCAGAGUUUCCAAUAGUGUUGUCGGAUUUAAUGUCACGAUCGACUCAGGUGCUGAUAUAACCAAUAGCAAAGUUUCCAAAGAUGAUGGCAUUGAAAUUGAAGGUAUGUUAUCACGUUUGAAGCUUCUCAACCAUUCUGACGAAUCCAUUGCUUCAGUAACCAGAAAAAAGAAACGUACACAUUCUCGAACCAGAAGGUUUUCAUCCAACUCAAUGAUGUCGGAACCAGAAGAGGAUUUCAGCGUAGAGGGUGUGGCAACUGUUUGUCGAGCAAUUGAAAACAAUCAUGAUAUAGACACCGCUCUUUUGGAAUUAAACACGUUGCGUAUGUCAAUGAAUGUCAACUACCACGAUGUCAGAAGCGUCACUACAGAAGCAAUUUUGAAAAAAGUCGUUGAUUUUGUAUCGACCGAUACAUUGAAACCACAAGAAGCGGCAACGAAACUAUUCAGUCACUGGGGUAAAAUGUAUCGUCGACAAACAUUCACCGCAGAGGAGGAAGUUGAUUUAUUGGACACAUUAGAGGAGCAGAUUACUGAUUUAGAUCCUGAAUACCGUCAAGUGGUGCUUUUCUGUGUAUUGAAAACAUUGUAUGAUUUGGAAAUUGUUGAAGAAGAUAAUAUUCUCAAAUGGUGGAAUAAAGGAGAUGAAGGGAGUCAAGUUAGAGGCUUGGCCAGUAAGUUUAUCAAUUGGUUGGAAGAAGCUGAAGAAGAUAGCGAAGCUGAAGAUGAGGAAUAG